AUGGUAUCAGUCUAUGCAGAGAAGGGCAACUGUUUAAUACUAUAUUCUUCCUUUCAGAAGUACUUCUCAGAUACCAUAUGCAAUACUGCCCCAAGACGGACUCUCAAAAUGAUUCAGCCUUCAGCUGGGGGCUGCCUGGUUGGCAGACAUAAUGAGGAGAAGUCUUCAAUCAAAAGGAAACUCUGGAAUAGCAAGCUAACUUCCAAGGUGUGCAAAACUGAGGCUACUAUGGACAAUGAGCAAGAAAAUGAAAAUACUGAUGAUGUCAUUCAAGCAGAUCUCAUGACAAAAAAAAGUCCUUCAUCUCAGUACUGGAAAGAAGUGGCUGAACAAAGAAGGAAGGCUCUGUAUGAAGUGCUUCAAGAAAAUGAGAAGUUGCACAAAGAAAUUGAAAAGAAAGAUGGUGAAAUUGCCUCUCUAAAAGAAGAAAAUGAAGAACUACUGUCACUAGCUGAGCAUGUGCGUUACAUGACCAGCGUGAUUGAGAGGCUAACUGGGCAAGCACCUGACAAUCUUGAGGCACUGAAAACUCUGGCUCUAGAGGAUUUUGAACAAGAAAAUGAAGAACUUAACUUUGGGGAUGUUGUAGAUGACUCUCCUGAAGAAGGGCCAUCACAAGUAUAGUGUGAUUUGAGGAAGGUUUAA